AUGGAAUUCAAUCCAUCAGAUCAUCCACGGGCCAGUACGAUAUUUCUCAGUAAAUCACAAACAGAUGUGAGAGAAAAACGCAAGAGUCUCUAUAUAAACCACCUGUCAUCUCUGUCUUCCAACAGACAUCCUCCUGGGCAGUUGAGAAGGAAGUACAGUUCCUGCUCCACUAUUUUCCUGGAUGACAGCACAGUCAGUCAACCGAACCUCAAGUAUACCAUCAAAUGUGUAGCUCUUGCAAUAUAUUACCACAUCAAAAACAGGGACACAGACGGAAGAAUGCUCUUAGAUAUUUUUGAUGAAAACCUUCAUCCCCUUUCGAAAUCCGAAGUGCCACCAGACUAUGACAAACAUGACCCGGAGCAGAAACAGAUUUACCGCUUUGUUCGGACGUUGUUCAGUGCUGCUCAACUGACUGCUGAAUGUGCCAUUGUCACCCUGGUAUAUCUUGAAAGACUUUUAACUUAUGCAGAGAUAGAUAUUUGUCCAGCAAACUGGAAGCGAAUUGUACUGGGUGCAAUUCUACUGGCAUCCAAAGUUUGGGACGACCAGGCAGUGUGGAACGUGGAUUACUGCCAGAUCCUGAAAGAUAUCACAGUCGAAGACAUGAAUGAGCUGGAACGCCAGUUUCUUGAGCUGUUGCAGUUCAAUAUUAAUGUUCCCUCCAGUGUUUAUGCCAAGUAUUAUUUUGAUUUGCGUUCCCUGGCAGAAGCGAAUAACCUGAGUUUUCCUUUGGAGCCCCUCAGCAGGGACAGGGCAUAUAAACUUGAGGCCAUUUCCCGCUUGUGUGAAGAUAAAUAUAAGGACUUCAGGAAAGCUGCAAAGAAACGGUCAGUCAGUGCUGACAAUCUGACUGUGGUUAGAUGGUCCCCUGCUAUUAUCUCCUAACAGAGGAGACUGGAAUAUUCCUAUGGACGUACUGUUUCAUCCAUCCAUUUUUUUUUGGGGUGGGCUGGGG